UUUAUCUAACACUUAUAGAUUUAUCAACUGUAAACUUGUAUUAUUUCAAAGUUUUUUUAACAAUGUUAAUCAAUGAGCUUCCAGAUGAUUGUUUUGUGGAAAUAUUUGAUUACAUUCGAGAUUUAAAGGAUUUAAUUAACUGCUUCAAAGUUUGUAUAAAAUGGCGUAAUUUGAUUGCUGAUCGGACUAAAAAAGUUAAAUAUUUUAUUGAUCAACCCAAUUAUUCGCCUGAUUCAGUUUGUCAUCAAUCAGAUGAUCCAAUUGAUGUAACAUUUUUGAGCAAAUGGCUUCCAAAUUUAAAGAUUGCUGAUCUUUUAUACACACGCAAUGGGGAAACACCAAUCGAAGAUAUUAUCAAACUAAUUAGAGACUCAGAAUCGCUGAAAGGAAUAAUCUAUGGUCAUCAUUACUGUAUGGAAUCCUGCCUCGAUUUCGAAUCGAUACCAGAAAACCCUAACCUCGAAAUGUUAUCUACUGGAUAUAUUGAUCUAAACAAAGGAAAUCAAUGAAAAUAUGAAACAAUUGUACCUAUGGGACUCAACUCUAGAUGUAUUCGCAGAAGUCGCACAUCAUUUUCCAAAUCUUGAACGGUUGAAAAUUUAUAAUGGCGAAGGUA